GGGAGACGCAGAGACAGAAGUGACAGCUCCAGACAGAUGUGUUCACACGCGGAUAAUUAUAGACACUCGUACACACACGCCGCCGGGGCAGGUACACGCUGCAGUGACAGCUCCAAACACACACGCCCGCCCGUGUCAACAUGUGGCCACUGACAGCGCCACAAACAAAUAGCCUGACAGGUAGAGGGGCGACUGACGGGGAAGACUGACAGCUGAUGCGUCUGGCACUGACGACUGAACGGGCAGGCGGUGGAAACCUGGCCAAGAAGAGACGAGAAAGCACAGACUGGCACGGGCAGACGGAAACGCGCUGCAAAUGUGAUGGCGGGCACCGACAGACAAUGAGACGCGUAGAGGCGGACGAGACGCAUCGAGACAUGUGGGCAGACCGAGACAGGGGGACAGCAGCAGCAGAUAAAGAUGGUAGACGGGCACCGAAACGCCCUCAUGAUGGCGUCGGACCUCGGUAGCAGCCUGACCUCUAUAGACUGGCUCCCGCAGCUGACCAUCCAGGCUGCUAUGAAAGGGUCACAGCAGGGCAGCGGAGGAAGAAAAGGACCUGGAUCUCCCACUGACCCCAACGCCAUGUUAACUAAGGAGGAGGCGGCGGCACACCGUGAUGGAAAACCCCCUUAUAGUUAUGCCAAUCUCAUCCAGUAUGCAAUAAACUCUGCACCUGCCAGGAGGAUGACCCUCAGUGAGAUCUAUCGCUGGAUCUGUGACAACUUCCCCUAUUACCGCAAUGCCGGUGUAGGGUGGAAGAACUCAAUCCGCCACAACCUGUCACUAAAUAAAUGUUUCAGGAAAGUGCCGCGUCCCAGAGACGACCCGGGAAAGGGAUCGUACUGGAUGAUUGACAGCUGUCCCAAAGAAGAUGUAGCCCUCCCCCGCAGAAAGCGUCCACACCUCGACGAUGAGCUCUCCCAGGACUCCCCCGAACCGGAGGUCAAUAAAAGCCCCAUGAGUUCCACCAGUGAUGUGUCCUUACCUACAGAAAACACUCAAGGUCAUCACAUGGAGGGCAACUCAACCCUCCCCAGCUACAGCCAGGCUGCCUCUGCUCAUAUGCCAACAGACUCCCGGACUUCAUCCUACAACAACAGCGACUGCUACAAGUUUUCCUUCUCGGAGAUCCCCGACCUCAGCUGUUCCUUCCGCAGCCUAUACCGUACAUUGCAGGGUAAACAGGGGCUGUCACCUCUCCCCACUGACGUACAGCCGCCAUCGUCAAGCUGCUGCAUGUACCAGCAGAAUUCGGGGGAGUCCUCCUCGCUGCACCCCCACAACGUCCCCACCAUGAACGCGCCCUCCUCUUCUCACCAUCAAAGCCAGCACCAGCAGCCGCCCUACCUGCCCUCCCAGCAAAUGCCUCGCCCCCCUGCCACCGGGAUGUCUAUGGGACUUCCCAGUGACUGGUGCUCCAACAUAGACUCCUUAAAGGAAAGCUUCAAAAUGGUCAGCAAUUUGGACUGGUCAAACGUGGAUCUGUCCCAGUUCUCAGACCUGAUGGAGAGUCUACGUCAGGCAGAACUGAAGAACUGGAGCCUGGAUCAGCACCACAUCGCCAGCUUGUGCGACUCCUUAAGUCACCUGCUCAGUCACACCGGACUCCUGCCUCCCGGCUCCUCACAUGGACAAGCGGCGUCCUGCCAGGCUCAGUGCCUGCCCCCCACCACCAGCAGCGCCUGCGCACUCCAGGGGGCAAAGCCAGGUCAUACCAUGGCAGUUACCUCCUACGGGCAGAACCAGCAGCUUCCGGCAUCCUGUGGUCACAAUUUCAUUGCACCCCCUGGGUUUCCCAUUCAAACCCAGGCCCCCCCAACAUACAGCCAACAAGGUCGCCAUUCUCAACGCCCUAUGUAUCCGCCAACUCGCCAGGUACUCCGUUAUCCGCCCAGCGAAGAAAUACAAGACGACUUUGAUUGGGACUCUAUCGCUUAAAGACUCUGCACUGCAAAACCCCAGGCGGAAUGCAAAAGAAAUCAAGGCGAGGGUUAAAUCCUCCCUCCACGUGUAUAGAUAUAUAUAAAUAUAUAAAUGUAUAUCUUCGCCCGACAAUCAGGGCCAAUGGGCCCCUCACUGGAUAAGGAGACAAUUCAUGAAGACCCUUCCCACACACAGACUCUUCAACCUCUCCCUCUGUGACACUGACGAGUAAGAGAAACGGCGAGGACGGCGACUUCCUCCGACCGCCUAGUAUUUCCCAGUGCCAAGGUGAUCCGGUGUUACCGUGGGAGAGGGCAUUCCGUGUGUCUCUGGGGAGCGGAAGGCUGGGUGGCCACUCCACCCAAGGCCAACUUAUUUAUAAAGCGUACACCUAUUGCACAGCACAAAGUGUUAACCAAGGAGUCUGCAGCCAUCUUGGACUUGAGACGUUGGUGAGAUUUCCUACAGACUUUCCCCCAGUCUCUGGACA